GAAGGUUUCAUCCCAUUCUAUAGAAAAUGCCACAGUCGCGAUUAGUGAGUGCUUCUUCAUCCAGAAGCCGAUCUCGAAGUCGCUCGAUGUCUCUGGAGAAGGAUCCAUCAAGAGAAGAUAGUAGAAGCCGACAUGACAAACGAGAGAACAGCCUCUCUAACACGGAAGACAACGAGGGACAAGAUAAAAUUGUCGUAAAAGAUCUGUCUUCAAACGUAAGCGAGAAGCACUUGAAGGAAAUCUUUGGGCACUUUGGAGAGGUAAAAGACGUCUCCAUUCAGUAUUUGCCCCAUUCCUCCAUCUCAUCUGGAACUGCGUAUAUCGUGAUGGCCUCCGAGGAAGAUGUGGAGAAGGCUGUCAAGGGAAUGCACAAAGGCCAAAUUGAUGGCCGAGUGAUCACAGUGGAAGCAGUGGAGAAGAAGAAGGAGAAGAAGAAGAAGAGCGAAAAGAGCGAAAAGAGAAAGAAGCGAGAAGAGUCCAAGAACCCCGAACCAGUAGCAAAACCUCAAACGAAGCCGGAGCGAAAGCCGCUCCUCCGUCGCAAGAACCACUCGCGUCUGCGAGGCCGCUCCUAUUCCGACAGGAGCCGAUCUCGCAGCAGUCGGUCGAGCAGCUAUUCUCGCAGCAGUCGGUCGCGAUCGCGAUCUCGCAGCAGUCGGUCACGAUCGCGAUCACGCUCACGCUCACGAUCGCAUUCACGUUCACGUUCGAGUCGCUCUCGCUCAAGUCGUUCUCGCUCGAGUCGUUCUCGCAGCUACAGCGGAUCUCGCAGUUAUUCCCGCUCGCGAAGCUACAGCCGGUCCUAUUCUCCCUCUCGAAGCUACAGCCGAUCGCGUAGUCGAUCCUAUUCUAAUCGUGGCCGAAGAUGCAUUGUUUGUUCAACAAUCACGCAAUCACAACAUCAUCAUCAUAAUCAUCAUCAUAUUCUUCAUCAUCAUAAUCUUCAUCCAUCCAAACUCUUUGUUUAA